AACACUUGCAAUGAAUCUAAAAUACACAGAAUAUCAGGCAAAACUUCAUGAUGAAUCUAAGCUGGUAGGACGAUCGUAUAGCUUGUCCGUUAAGAUUUUUAUGGCAAGGUAUCCGCAAUAUUUUAAAGAAUUUUAGCAACAGCUGACAAGCAUGCAUUUUGUCAGCCAAACCACAUGUCUGGGACUAUUACACUAUUGACAAGUAUUCUUUAAUUUCUGUAAUUGGUUUGCCGUACGUCCAAACGCAUGGCACUGUCCUCACUAUCAAGCCGCAAAACUUUACAUGCGUUCGAUUGAACAAAUUCACUGAGAAGCCACUUAAGAAUGCAGACUAUUCUCUCUAUGGUUGGUGAUACUAUUGUAAUACCUGUUUUAAAUGCUAUAUCCCAGUCAAUUUUUUGGGCAACUAUCUGGCAACAUUGUGCGACUUCUAAACCCCACCAAUCAGCCCCUGAAUAAAGGGAUACUAUCAAACAAAAAGUAAACAAAUGUAGUGAGAAUGUCAUGCAGAUGUUGUUUUUUUUGCUGUACUGAUAUGAUUUUAUCAUGAUAUGCAUAUAACAUGUUUAUGCAAGAUAUGCAAUUGCUAGCUAGUUAGCGAGGAAUUCCAACAAACAUGUUAUUACCGGAAAUACGGAAGCAACGUGCGUAACGUCAAACACUUUUCAACUUGUUGGAUUUUAGCGAAAGUUUUUUGUGCUCUUCUUCUCUCAAAGAAAAACUUUGUGUAUAAAAUAUAAAUUGAUUAUACGUAGAAUGUCAGUCACAGUCACAAUGGAUCGAAGCCCGGGGUGCAGUCUUACUGUUGUUACUCAGGGUGCUAAAAGGCCCCGUACAAGUGGACUCUUCUACUACGUUCGUUUGGCGAGUGAAAGUUCUCAAAAUUCAGACGAUGAAAGCGUUUGCAGUUUGCAAUCCUAUGAGACGGCUACCCUAGAGUCAGAUAACCGUUCAUCUGACUCUGAUGCAACGGAAUCCAGCGGGAGCGAUGAAUACGAAUUAGUUGCUUCACCAGAAGGUAGCGCACACAUAGAGUAUUCAUCUACAGACUCUGAGACGGAGAGGAUUAUCAUUAACUCCGUUGUAACGUCGCCAUUGAUGGAAUUGAAUAAGACUGAAUCAUCGGGUGUCGAAGAUAGUUCGCCUGAAGAAGCGCUACCCCUUUCACGCGUCCCUGUUCCAAGUUCCUUUGAAAUGUGUAAGAGAUGCAAGAGUUUGCGCUGCUAUCCACUACUUAAAUUGUGCAGAAAGUGCCACAAGGAGCGAAGACGGCAUGUGCUUCCUCGUGUUAAAAAACGACGGAAGAAGUUAUCCAAGUCAGCUCAAAAAGGGAAAAGGAGGAAAGUUGAUCCGCAGGCUUCUGCGAGAAAAUUAAUUACCCAGAAGGAGCUGGAAAUUACUCAAGAACGUAAUCGAUUGAAGACCGACCAAAUUAUGUUUCCAGUUGAGUUGGUUUGGUCCACACAAGUAGCUGAAUCUUCAAAUUUAGAUGCUGGUGCCUCAGGGUCGUCAGAGCCGAGGGCAAGUUCAGCGUCUACAUCAGGGAAUUCCGCUCUGACACAAUCUAGCGGCAUUUUUUCUGGACCUUCCACUUCCAAAGGUACCGCGACGGAUUCAGAUGAAGAUGAUCUUCCCAUCAGAAUUACGUACAAGUUAAAAGACCUGUGCAUAAUUUGUGAAACUGCUCCAAAGGAUUGUGCUUUUCUACAUCAGACUAUAGCGCAUCGAUGCUGCUGUUAUUCAUGUGCAAAAUACAUUAGUGAAACUUCCCGCAGAUGUCCAACUUGCAACAGAAUGAUAACUAGAAUUGUUCGAUUGUUUACAACAUAGUUUAAGGGGGCAUAGCAUGUUGGAAAACAUCUAUUUUCUUAUGAGGUGAGUCCGAGGAUGUACUAAGAUUGUGAACAAAAUAGAUUCCAUGUGCAAAGAAAAAAAUUAUCUGGCUAUGCGAUAAACAUCGGGCAGCAAACGUGUUUUUGCUUUUUUGGAAAGCGGUUUUAUAAGGGAAAAUUUAGCUAAAUUCUCUUGCUUAUUACAAAACAAAUUAAUGAAUUCAAUACACAUUUAAACAAAAUUUGAGUUUAUUAAGUUAACAAGAUCAAAAUUAGACAACAAAUUUGAUAAUUGAAUUUAUUUCGAAAGCAAUUAAAAAGAAUAAUUUUAGACGUAUAUUUUAUUAUUCGCAGAAGUUUUACCAGCAAGCUACAAUUAGUUAAAGUUGAAAACAGUGUUUAUAUGUACAUAUGUAUAUGUAUAUUUAUAUAUGAACAUUUUAAUCCAGUUUUGUGCGAAUAAUCAAAUAAAAACGUUUUUUCUCAUAUGUAACGAAGGUUACUAGAAUUUUCUUUCUGCCAGCACCAGAUGAAUGGUCUUUUCAAGGGCCCCCAUAAAAGGAUAUUUAUUAUUAAUAGUAUUUUUCAAUUGUAUCGAUAUCUCGCACGUACACCACGAAAUUCUCACCAUUACACACAAUUAAAAGAUUUGAAUAGAGCCUGUGCUACUAAUUAUAAAGUAGAACUAUAAAUGUUGGCUUUAUGAUAAAAAGCUAAAAAUGUGAAUGUCAUUAGUUUAUGCAAUCACUCAAAUAUAAUUAUGAUAAUAAUUAUUUAAAAAUUUCCUGUAGUAUCAGCAAAUACCUGUGUAUAACUGCUAAGAAAAUAGAAAGCAUGCCUUGUGUUG